AUGGUUGGAUUUCUAAAAAGUCUCCUGCUUAUUGCCUUACUUUCUUGUGCCUAUGGCCUUAACCAAUGUGCAAAAUAUCUAUGCAAAACCUCUGAUCAAGAUUUCCUUCCAGAAACUUGUGCCUACCAAGAUAACAUCACUGAUACUUACUACGCUCGAAAAUGUUCAGAUUCAAGCUAUGAUUGUGUAUCAGAUGCAACAUCAUCUUAUCAAUUUAAUUACACUUGCAAAGUGCCCACUCCACUUCCUGUCAACAGCUUGCCAGGUGAAUGGUGCAAGACAUUGGACGACUGCCUCUAUUCCACUGCUUGCAAUGAUGGAAUAUGCAUAGGAACUCCUAAAGGCCAACCUUGCACAUAUAAUGGCCAGUGUGAACCAGGAACUUUUUGCAGCAGCAGCAACGUUUGCACAGCCCAGAUAGAGAUAAAUAGGGCUGGCUAUUUUGCUGUAAUAAUUAUUUUAUCAAAGCCCAUCUUUUUAUUUCCAUAAGAGUAGUUUUGCUAGAAAAAAAGUUUUAGCAAAUUCUCCAAUAUUAUAUAGGAGAGACAGGUUGUCUCUAUGAUAGUCAGUGUGUGAAUAACGGAGCUUGUAACAUCACUUCGCAAAAUGAUCUUUCGAUGAAUAAAUGCCUUAAAUUUAGAUCAUUUAGCGUUCAUGAUCCUGUAGGCCACUGUAAUACAGGAUUUAGUACUUUGUGCCCUUAUAUUUACUGUGCAGAAAAGGAGCCAUAUAUGUUUUACUGCACUGAUUUGUUCUCAACUGCAAAUGGCACUGGGACUCAAUGCGAAAUGAAUAAUAGAGGAGACUGCGAUUCUAAUGAAGACAGUUUCUUCAGUCCUGCAUACUCCGUAGAGGGAGAUUGCACCUGCGGAUUCAAUUCUGAAAGAAUCUCGUAUUGUUCAGCACUUCCAGGAGAUGCUCCAUACAAAAAAUAUAUGGCUCAACUUUUAAAGUGGGUUGCAAGUGAGGCAAUUUUUUCAUGCAAUACGCUUAAUAGAUUUGACGAUAAUUGUAUCAAGACGCAUUGGGAUAAAGACAAUUAUAAUACUUAUGUGUAUUAUGAAAUGCAAGCAAACGGAUAUCAAUGGUAUGUUAAUGCUCCAGAUUGUGUAAUGGAAGCAUUCGCCCAAAAUUAUUUACAAGCUCAAGCAGCUGCAACAGGCGGCAAUGAUAAUGAUAAUGGAGGCGAUGAUUCUGCAACUUUCUUAGUAAGCUUCUCGAUUUUGACUCUCGCUUUGAUAUCACAAUAG